AUGACAUCCACUGAAUUAGAUUUAAAAAGAACCUUGACAGACGUCCUGGAAGACGAACUUUACAAUAUCAACUACCAUGGUCAAAAUUCAAGGAGAAACGUUUUAGGACUAUCAUUACCAGCAGAAUUUGAUGAAACUAUGCUUAAUGGGGAAUUUUGGAAUCAACAGCAACAACCACAACAACAACCACAACAGGAUCAGCAGAUAGAAUGGAACCAAUCCCAAGACGAAAAUAAUAUCUUUAACAAGUAUGCUGAUCCUUCAUUGACUACAACUUCAUCACAUCUUAAGAAUGACAAUAACAAUGUGGCUACGACUCCCGUUCAAGGCACUGUCAAUCUAAACAGUGUUAUGAAGGUGAAUAAUCCGUUCCUUAACAUGAGAUACCAAUUACCUUACGACGUUAAGAUUACUAAUGAUUAUCACGAUGAGGCUGAUAGUAUCUAUAGUCCACAAGCUGAUGAAGAUCCCAUCGGGUUUGAUGGCUCUAACAAUCCUAAGAUGCAAUGGCCAUUGCAAGAUAACAACAUGGCAUUAAGUAAUGAAGAUGCUAGAAUGAUUUUUGAUCAUGAAUUUGCAGCCGAUGAUGACGACCUAAGUGAUGAAGAUGACGACGAAGAUGGAAACGAAGAUGAAAAUCAAAAAGUGUUUGAUGCGUGCGAUUUUGUUGAUGGCACAAAGGGUUUUGGUGCCCAAGAUAGUUCGGAUCAAGCAAUUAUGGAUGAUGAAGACGAUGAUCUGAUAGAUGAAGACGAGUUAUACGAACCUUCUAUUAGAAAUGGUAGGAAAGAAAGUGUUGUCACCACACCACAAGCUGCAAUUGUAGAACCUUCACCGCCAAUAACAACAUCGACGUCAUCUUCUGCAUUUACGCCCUCGGAUUCUCGCAGUAGCAAUAACAAUAGUAGAUCGAGGCGCAAAUUACCUAUUACUGAUACUAAUUCCAACAAUAAUAACCUGACUUCUACGGGAAGUCAUCAUAAUAGCAGUAGUAGUAAUAAUGGUGAGAUUUACACAUGCUUAAUUCUUAAUAAUAUUACCAGACAACCGUGUUCCGCUCAAUUUUCCAGGUCCUACGAUUUGACAAGACAUCAGAAUACAAUUCAUGCAAAAAAGAAAACAGUCUUCCGCUGCUCAGAAUGCAUAAGAAUGUUGGGACACGAUGGUUAUCAAAAGACUUUUUCAAGAUUAGACGCUCUCACGAGACAUAUAAAGUCCAAACAUGAGAAUCUUUCAUUAGAACAGCGUCAAGAGGUAACCAAAUAUGCAAAGGAAAAUAUUGGUUACGUUGUUUGA